GACGUUCGGAAAUAAAUUUUGACAUCUUGGAAUAAAUCUAUGAUUUUGUGCCUCGAAUUUGUCAGUAAUUACAAACCAAUGGAAACAGUAGAUGACUCGAUUGAUCCAGAACUUGAAGUCCAAAAACUUCAAGACUUGGUUCGCAAACUAGAGCGUCAGAAUGAAAUUCUGCGCACCAAACAACAGCAGGAACAAAACAUCCAAAACCAAGUGCAAAAUUCACAAAAUAACCAGGAUCAGCUCUCUAUUUCAGACAUUGAGAAUGUAAACGCAGAUAAACCAGUGACUAAACCCAAAACAAGGUUCACUACUGGUGGCAAGGACAGUGCACUUGCAGAGUACAAUGCCUGUUUUUAUGAGCCUUCUAAAGACGAACUUGAAAUAUUGGAUUUAGAUGAUAAUGAGGACAUUGUUCUGCAAGAAGAAAGUGAAGAAAAUUGGUUAUAUCAAUCGCCAAAGGCGCUCACUCCCAAACAAAAGUCAACAAGUCCUUACAAAUGGGUACGGGAAGUGUUCGAUGAUACGCCGCCACCCGAGUUAGACUCGGUUAGGAAAUGUUUAGUGUAUAAAUUAGAUGAGGUGACAAAAGGAGGAGGAAGAUUAUCUCGUAGUUCAAGUUCCCACACGUUAGCUAGUCUUAACUCCCCAAUCAGUACGCCGAGCACGGCGAUCGGCGAGGCUGCGCCCGCGCCCGCGCCAAAUAAUAAUAAUAAUAAUAAUCCCGGAGUGCCACAAAUCAAGCAACCCCUCAUAGCUGGCUUAGCGCAAAAUAAUCGGCGGUUAAGUUUUGGUAGUAUACCAUGUACAAGAGUGAAUACGGACACCUUCACGCGUCCAAAGAAAAAUAAAGAUAUACGACGAGCGUCUGAUUUUAGUGACUAUGCUCUAGCCUCUCCGGUAGAAAAUAAUGAUGUCAGUCCGGCGUCGUCUUCGUCCUCCAAUCACGGUGAGCGGCACGAUCGGAGGCAGUCGGAGUGUUUGCAGCCGCCGCAGAACAAGAAGACGCUAGAUGUGCAUGCCUUGGCCAAGAUGCAGGAGGAGAGUUUACGGCAAAGUUUCUCACCUAUGACGUCGCCCAGACGAUCAAUGAGGACGAAAGGAGGAUUCUAUCUGAAUCAACCCAACGACAGCGAUUCUAAUCUGUCGCCGUCAUCGCAGAGUUCAACGCGAUCUAGUCCAAACAGAUACGACGCAGACGGUAUCCCCGCACCUCGAAAGUUUAGCGCCGCCAGCCAUGCCUCUUCCACUGCGUCAUUAAAUAGUAACGGCAGUAACGACAGUCACGGUAGCACGCCCCCGGACAGCCUGUACGGUAGCUCACAGUAUCUGGAGACAACACCGCAACAGAUCAUUCAACAACAACAGGUACCCAGAAGAAGUCUGCCCAAUGUCAGGGGCUUAAUGAACGGCAUGCGACCCAAUGCCAGCGAACCACAAUUAACAUCACAUCGAGACAACCGGCCUAAUUCACCUUAUACGAACGCAACCGGGCGAUCUUCUCCAAAAUUACGGGGGCCCUCCUCCGGACGGACGUCACCAGCAACCGGAUCAAAAUCACCAUCAAUGUUACGCGCGCCCUCGUCCGGCCAGCGAGCUGUGUCACCUACGCCGAAGAGUGGCUUGUCAGGUAUUCCUACACCGGGUAGGACUGGGAUACCGCGCCCGGGGAGUACGACGCCGAGAGGAGGUAGCGGCAUACCCAUGGCUAGGAGUUCAAGACUCGAGCGCAAUGACACAUUUGUGGUGCGGAGAACAUCAUCGGCCGUGAAUCGUCGCCUUCCAAUCGUAACUUAUGACGAAGACGACGAUCACUAUGAUAUAAAUCCAAAAAUAUAUCUGUCGCCAAAGAAAGACUGCUCGCAGCGCGCCACCGACAAAUCCAAGAGCACGUAGCGUCUCGCCUAACGUCAGAAGAGUGAAUAAAGGCACCGCUUCAAGCAUGUCUAGUCUACCAGCCACCGCCCUCCCAGGAAGGCGGAACUAUGCAGUCAGAGCGCCGGACGAUAGCUGGAAAGACGGGUGCUUCUGAGCGUCGCCUAGGAACGCACGAAAAGACGUUAGGACAGUAUCAAGGCAACGUUAACUAAAGCCUUAGUUCAUGUUACUCUGCCCUGGCCUUGCAGGAUAUUUGCAUUUUGGGGCUAAGGGUUAUCAGAUUGAUGUCUGGGGCUAAUCGGCUGCCUCAGUGACUUUAGAGUGUUAGCCCAAUGCAAAGUACUCUACUUAGUUGAUGGAGUCCUAUGGGUCAAGGAAUUUCAACCUCGUGAUUUAGAUGUGACCAGCAUCCCAAGUUCAGAUCUUCUGCUCUUCAAAAGGACCUGGGCAGUAGCCAAAGCGUGUCAGUUGGCCAGUCUUUGCCUGUGUCAUAUCCUUGCUGGAGAGGUGGAGUUGGAUUAUAGAGCUGUGGACCCUGUUUGGACUAUCUCGUGCUCUCUGGAAAGAAGAUUGUGGUACCCUAGCUUGAACAGAAUUUAUCAUUUGAAUAUUUGAAUCCCUGCACUUGACUUGUACAGUCCUAGCCUCAACUGACAUAUCCUCUUCUUGCUGCGCACAUGCCACCCUCCAGUGCUGCAUGCAACUUGCUCAGUGGUUGUGUAUAUGUGGACAGGAAGAUUUCACGUAUAUUAUGCGUAACGUCCCAAAAAAAAUAUACAGCCAUCCUACAAAAGGUACACACAACUUUCACAAAGGUUAUGUACCCGGUAGUCGUAGGUCAUGGUCAGAACAUUCAUACAACCUAUGCGUGGGGUUGUUUCUAGCUAGCUUGUACAUUACAUGAACAUUGCGCACAGCCUACGGAAAUUUAGGAUGUCAGUUGUGAUUGGAACUGUAGUCACUGCUUUGUAUUUCAAGAACCUGUUUCAUAUAUUACCAAAAUGAGGUACUGAUGAGGUUAGCUUUUAUAAUGUACACUCUACUUGCCUUCACAACUAAACAAUGCCUUAAUGUAACGAUUUGUAAAAAUGUUCGAUAUUUAAUACUGAUAUAUUAUAGAUCACUGGAAAAUAUUUUGAAAUUAAUCAAUUUUUUAAUGGUCCGUGUCGAAGAAAAUGUUUGAGUUGCUUGUUUCAGUUAUAUCAGAUCGGGGGUAUGUCAAAACCUUAUUGGCUUAAAGUUUCAAAACGUUUUUAAAAACGUCACAGGAAAACCAACCCUUUCUUUUUUCAUACCUGGGAAAUAGUGUAAUGAUCAUUAACAUAUUGGUUUAAAUUCAUUUGAGAUGUAAAGUUCCUGACAAAAGGAAAUUUUGCGGAAUUCGUACUUGUGGCAUCAUUUCGGUACAGUCAGAUUUCUAUCUUGCUCGAGUUGUAUGCUGCCUUAAGCUUAUUUCGCCUCUUUCCUGAUCAGUGCCCUAUAGAUGGCGUGCCUCUUUAAGGUAGUAUGGUACUGAGGAGUACUGAAUUGAUGUUCUAUGUAUUUAUUACAAGUCCAGGCUGUGCCUGCUUAAAGUUUAUUACUGUUGAUAUUAACCUGACAACAAAUGCAUAAGGUGUUCUGGAGAAAGAUUUGGGAAGGUAAUGGAUAUUUUCCAAGAUCAAAUUUUGUUUUCAUAUUUUGAUGAUGUGCAAAGCCCACGAUUUGGCUCAAGUAUUUCAAGGGGUACUUAAAUGAUAUGUGGUCAAAACUUUCGACUUGAAUUAUUAUUCUGUGGUCAUUAAGCUUUAACUAAAAGUAGGUAUAAUUAGUACCAGGGGCAUGCCUAAUGGCUAACCAUGCAUUGAUAAGGAUUGGACUGUUCAAAACAUAUCUUCAGUCCUUGCCAAAUUCUUAUAUGAUUUUCUUAACACUCUUUAAAAAUAGUAUUUAAUCUCUUGUUCAAUGUUGCCCAAGUGGCCAUGAUGUAGUUAACUCUGUUUACUGUAGGGGUCGUAACAGUGGUAUGGGUCAGAGACCAACUGGUUUAGUUUAGUGUUUACAUCGAAUUUAGCUCUAGGACUGUGUGUUGACAAGAAAGGGUUGAUGAUUACACUGUUUGGCAGAGGAAUAGAACAAGGUGUGACAUUUCAAGUUCUGCCUCAUGCAGUCAUUGCGGAGGAUGCGCAUCUUUUAUGACUCUGACUCCAGUCGGAAGGGUGCGCAACCUCUGUUUAUGGGGCAUUGCUUCUGUUGACUCUUCAAGUGCUCAAAUUCUAUCAUGCCAAAUACAUGUACCGGUAAGUGUAAAGUGAGGGUAAGUUAUCUCCGACAGUUAAUGUGCUUUUGUAUUCAGUUUGAGAGAUGGUGGGAAGUGAUGUUUAUGGUGUGGAGCAGAUGGAGGAAAGGUACUGGAAGUCCUGCAAAGCUCUUGGGUGACGUUUUGUCGGGAUGGCGUCAUUGUGAAAUCUUAGGUCCGAUAUUUUGCCGAUUUUCUUGGUCGUACUUAUGCAGGUUGUGUUGUCUCUUUGUCUCUGUGAGGGGGAAAACUGGCCUUCAUGUGUCGUUAUGAGUUGCCUGAGUUCGCUUAAGCAGGAUUCUUUCCUUCCUGGGUCCUAAUCUGCUUCUGUCAGCUGCCUUAGUUCUGUAAAAGUGAUAUUUUAAAUGGUCGUCUGCAGGUAUGAUAUUGUGAUCAAAUUUUGAAAGUUGUAAACUUGAGUUUGUAUCAUGAUGAAUUUUUUGAUGAAGGGGACUUACCCAAAGUAAGUUUUUGUAAGAGUUCUUGCUGCAAACCAUAACGUUUCAAAUUGAAUAUUUUGGUGAGAGUUAUAACUGCGAAUAGGCUGAUUUAAGGGCCAACUAUUUCUCCACUUCUAUUACACUCUGGAGAAUUGUACUGGAAUACGGAAAGUAUAUUUGUGUAUUUGGUGUCAUAAUUUGUACACAGUGGUGUUAAAGGGUGCUCUAAUUUCCAAAAAUGAAUCAGCAUGAUCGUAAUAUUGAUAUCCACUACACCAGAGUCUGAGUGGAAUUCGGCGAAUUUUCCUCUAAAUUAAAUUCAUUAAUUUUGACUGUUUGUAAUGUAUUAAAAUAUUAAGUUGUCUGAUAUUUUUUUAGGUGACGAGUUGCAUACAUUUUGUAACUAAGCCAAAGAUGUUUCUUUCAAUUUUUUUUGUUGCAGCUUCUGCGUUACUGAUCACUGUGUAUAAAAGAUUCUAUUGUAAUUAUUACGAUAUUGCGAUGUUUGCAUUUUGUACUGCGGAAUCAAGCUAAGGACGGAUUGACCAUCAAUUGGGUACAUCCCCGAGUCGAUGUGCGCCGAUCAAUUUGCACAUUGAAAUAAAGGAAUUGGCAUAAUCUUUCUGGUUUUGACCAGUGUGGGGUGAAACUCAAAGUUUAAUUAACAUCUUCUGCAUGAUUAAAAGAUUUUGAUCGCCAUCAAAAAGUGUUAUGAAACCAUCAAUGAUGAUGAUGUUGAAGGUUUUUGAAUGAGAAUGGCGCUAUGUUAUGUCUUCUCACUUUACAAUACCGCGUCAUAUUGUUGCCGAGAUAUGUGCCUGAAGAGGCCGUCCGUCUGAUGCUCGAUGCCCUUUCCUAUUCUAUCAUUGGUGACUCUUUAUUUAACAGUCAUAAUGCAGUAAAUGGUUGGCCUCUUUCAAGAGACUGCUGGUGUAAAUAAAGGAUUUCUAGCAUCGGAUGAAA